AUGUUUCCGGUGGUGAUGGUUUCGAAGUCAACAGAGAUGGCUCAAGCAUUCAAAAAUCAACAGAGAUGGCUUUUGUUUCUACUUCAUGCACGGACCUGCUGUAAACAGCCAGGAGAAGUGUGCUCAGACCGAAACUGCGUUACUGUUCAGAGACUGUGGAGUCACAUGAACAGUUGCGUUGAAACUCAGUGUGUGUAUCCUCUCUGUCAUCCCACAAAGGCAUUGAUUACCCACUACAAAAACUGCAAGGAUCUUCGGUGCCCCGUCUGUGUGCCAGUGAAGACCUACCUUGAGCAACAAGCUAAUAUGCGUGCGCAGGCCUGUUUAGAAACCGAAAGCAGUCAAGUGAACAAAGCUCUAGUAUCAAACGACUCCGUAUCCCCUCAUUGUCCUGAUAGUUUAGAUCUUGAGAAACUCCGAGAGUCCAUGCAAACGCUUGUUUUUAACAUGUUACAGCAACAACACCAACCAUAUCCGGGUGAUGAUGCAUUAAAGGCCAAGCAUAUGGAGGUUGCUAGACGCUUAGAGGAGGGUCUACUUAAAAUGGCAUUAUCAAAGGGCGAUUACCUGAACCAGUCAACCCUUGAAUCCCGCGUGACAAGCUUGAUAAGAGGCAAGAAAUCGAAUAACUGCGAUCAGAAUCAGCAAAAUGCUAUUUCUUCUCCGCUUGGAACAAUGAUGUCUGUUGAGAUAGGAGAUCAGUUGGAGACAGAGAUUGCAGAUUUUCUGAAGUCCAUGAGCCUUUACCGCUGA